CUUAUACCAUACCAUAACCACCAUAUAUAUAACCACACAUCUAUUGCGUCAUGUGUUUACAAUAAAAAGAUUAGGUUAAUCCAAAAGUUAGGAUUCCAAAUGAAUUUACUCUCUCUAGUUAUCGAUGUAGCAAUUAUAACAUCAUGUUGGGGACGUUUAAACGAGGAGGCCGCAAUAGAGACAAUCAACGAAAGUAAGGGCACUCAAUGCUUCCACCAACCCGAAAGCGCUUGUCCGCCCCCUUCCGACACUUGCCACUGUAGACGUAUAUCGAGUAGGGCUGCCAUUUGCUGUAACGUAGACAAGUCGCUGAUCACAAAGGGAUUGUCGUGCGCCGACAUUAAGAACGGGAAAGUUAUUGAGUUGCACAUCAGAAAUGCGACUUUAGACGUUCUCAACGUGACAUUCUCGACUUGGCGUCAGCUUUUAUCGUUGUCCAUAACGGACGGUGUAAUCAAUCGUGUGGUGGGCGAGUUCGGUAAGCACACGACGAUCUCGUGCUUGAAUCUCUCAUCGAACUCCAUCGACAAAUUCGACGAUCGUUCCCUAGUCAACCUAUACAAUCUGAGCGUCCUCGAUUUGUCACACAAUAAUAUGAUGGACGUACCGCGACUGAAGAAGGAGGGCAUAGUCACUUUGGAUAUUUCUGCAAACAAGCAGCUUUUGUGUUCGCAUCUGGUCGACGCGCUGAAACGAACCGAACUGCACUUCAACAACGAGAAUGAUACGUUUUGCAUGUCUUCGAAUACAUUCCAGUGGUUUAAUUCGACCGAGCUUGUUCCCUUAAAUCAGGUCGUUAGCGUCCACGUGUUGCGUAAAGAUUGCAUCAUCAAUUGCACCUGUGAGCCGUCCCGUUUGGAUAUCGUUCCCGGAAAACCGCCGACGUUCGCUCUUUUCGUAAACUGCUCCAAUUUGAAAUUGACUUCGCUGCCGUUAGUGCUACCGCCUCAUACGAUCGCCUUAAAUGUGUCGAACAACAAUAUAUCAUCCUUGGAGCUGUUGAACGACGAAGUGUCUUAUCAGAACUUGCGCGAGCUGUACGCCGACAACAAUCAGAUCACUUCAAUUUUGCCGCUGGAAGGUUCGAAGUUCAUGUCCAACUUUAAAGAGCUCAGCCUGAAGAACAACAAGAUAAAGAUGUUACCCCCCUAUCUGCUGUCAAACAUCUUCGAUAGAAAUUACAAGUACCGCACAGUAAAUCUUGGAUUAAACAAAUUGCAGUGCGACUGUACUACCGCAAAGGUGCUGAAGGAGUGGCUGCCGCUGAAGUCGAAGCACGUGCCCGAUUUCGACGAAAUCUACUGUGAGAAUAUGGAGUCGAGAGUGCUCGAUCUGGAUCCGACGAUACUAUGUAAAGGUCCGCAGGACUGGACCGACUAUAUAUACUUCAUUAUAACCGCCGAGGUGUUGCUGCUCGUGUUUCUUAUCGCGAAGGUGUCGUACGACUAUUGGGUGUUCAAAACCGCCGGAUAUCUACCAUGGCCCGCCAGCCGUAUGCCGAAGUUGCCCUGCGACUGGCUAUGCGAAUAAUGGAGCGUCUUUAAGAAGGCUGUAUCAAAGGUUGUGAAUUUUCCGUUAUAGAAUUUAAUUGGUUGUGAUUUACUUACAAAAUAAGCUUAAAGUGCAAUUAGUAAUUAAUUACUAACACCUACGUCUAUAGUUCAAUGGGAAAUGUGAUAGAAUUGCUCUUACUAAUUUCAAUUUAGUUUACGUUCUCGAGAUUCAAUCAGAAACCUAAAUCACAAUGCUUACUUGUACGUGGAAUUGAAGACGACAAUCCUCGCAGAUUACUGAUUUACGUAUGUACCUACAUUUGAUAAUGCUCCUAUUUAAUAAAUGUGCCUUGUAAUCUAUGUACAAAUAUUUAUAUACGAUAUUGCAUGUAUAUUUUUAUGUACCUAUAUAUUUGUGCUUAGUAUUUUAUAAUCCUAAUAAAAACUGGCAAAUUUA